UGGGCACAAUUUGUGGAUGAAAAUAAAUUAAGAGGGUAAUCCAGUUUUGUUGUAAUUAACUUCCAAGUUCCAUUUUUCAACAGGACUAUUAAAUUUAAAUGUAACAGUAGUAAGGACAUCCAUGAAGAUGUUUAGUUGGUGGAAGGCGGUUGGCUAGCAACAAAUAAAUAAAUGACGAGAAGAACACGGAGACGUUUAAGCAAAGCAGCACAUUUGAGAAUUCGAUUAAAGCGAGAAGCUACGUGACCGUAAGUGACGUUCACCUAGGUCGACGCCGCCAUUGGUCGGCGCGGGGGUUGGGACACGCCCCCGAAGCAACCCCCUCAAGUCGUUACGCCCACCUGCACGUUCCCACACUUUACAAGCACGGGUCACUAAAUUCCACUGCCAAUUUACUGCUGUCUGCCACACACCGCAAUUUCAUCCUCCCGCAGCAUCAGCGGCAUCAGCAGGAGCGGCAGCGGCAGCAGCAGCGGCAGCGGCAGCACCCUCUCGGCGUGUCCGGCCGUCGUUCGAGUGGCAAAGGUGCGAAAGAAGUCGAGAGCAGCGAAGAGCAGGGGGUGGCUGGCGACGGGGUGGGGAUGAUAUUGUGGCACGUAGGGGUGUGACAAAAUGGCAUGCAGACCGAAGAUCGGCGGCUCAUGAUCAGUCGAAUAGUCGCGAAUCAGCAGCAGCAUCCGCAUCCGCAUCCGCCUCGUCGCUCCUCAACUGAUCGACUUUGUUGUUGCUUUGGGUUUUCGCCCUGAUCGGUCGGGAGGUGUGAUUCGUUCCAAUUUCCAAAAUAGAUUCCUCGAUUUGGGGAAAGAUUCGCACCGGCCAGAGCCGGAGGAUGGGCACAGGUGACAGAUUAUUGGAUAUACCAUGCAAAGUUUGCGGUGACCGAAGUUCAGGAAAACAUUAUGGGAUUUAUAGUUGUGAUGGAUGCUCAGGAUUUUUCAAGCGGAGCAUCCAUCGAAACAGGGUGUACACCUGCAAAGCGACCGGAGACUUGAAAGGAAGAUGUCCGGUGGACAAAACACACCGGAACCAGUGUAGGGCUUGUCGUCUGUCGAAAUGCUUCCAGGCCAGCAUGAAUAAAGAUGUCCAACACGAGAGGGGCCCCAGGAAGCCGAAGGUCCAGUCGUCGGCCAAUCCGCAGUUGCAUCCGGGCAACGCCGUCGGACAUCCGGGGUUGCACCACCACGCGUCCGGAGCGGACAACAAGUUGCAGACGGCGACCUCCACGUCGUUCCAUUUCACAUCAGGUCUCUUCGGACCGCCGAUCCAUCCUCUGAAGGGACUCUCCUUGCCUCCGCCACCUCAGCCACCUCCACCCCCACUUUCCAGUCCCAACGGUCACAUCGACGCACCGCAUUUACCUUCCAUGUUCCAUCCUCCCAGCCUGCCGCCGCCGCCAGGGCUCCUCCACAUACUGAUGUCUGCGGAAAAGUGCCAGGAGCUGGUCUGGAACACCAAGAUAACACAGUCCGACAGUUCCUCGGAGACCAACCACGGAUUGGCUUCGCCGCAGAUGAUGCCGGUACCUCCAGUCAGCCCUACCAUUGGUCCUCUCCCGUUAACUCCAACUUGGGAGAUGCUCCAGGAGACCACUGCCAGGCUGCUUUUUAUGGCAGUCCGUUGGGUCAGAUGUCUGGCACCGUUCCAGACUCUCAGCAAGAACGACCAACUGCUGCUCCUGCAGGAGUCCUGGAAGGAACUCUUUCUGUUGCAUCUUGCCCAGUGGUCGGUCCCGUGGGACUUGUCCGCCCUGCUUGGGUGUCCUCAGGCCCGAGAACGACUGCCAUCUGACAUUCACACCAUCACAGAAAUUAAAACGAUACAGGAAAUCAUGUGCCGUUUCAGACAGAUAUCGCCGGAUGGGAGCGAAUGCGGCUGCAUGAAAGCCAUAAUACUAUUCACUCCUGAAACAGCCGGCUUGUGCGACGUACAACCGGUGGAGAUGCUGCAGGAUCAAGCCCAGUGCAUUUUGGGGGACUACGUCAGGACCAGGUAUCCUAGACAACCGACAAGGUUCGGAAGGCUUUUGUUGUUGGUGCCGAGUCUUCGUGCCAUUCGGCCUCUCACUGUUGAGCUAUUGUUUUUCAAGGAAACAAUCGGAGAAAUUCCGAUCACGCAAUUGUUGGGUGAUAUGUAUUACAUGGAAAAGUGUACGGCUUCGUUGGUUUAAAAUUAAUAUAAAGUCACUGCUACAUGCUAAUGUUAAUUCACUUUUAUUACAAUUACUGAAUCAAUUUCCUGUAUGUAUGUAUGUAUGUAAAUCUUAUUUGUAUAAAUAUAUAGACGAGGUAUAUUAAAUUGAAUUAUUUCGACGUUAUUUAUUAUGUUAUAACUUAAUAAUUAUUAAUAAAAUUAAUAUUAAUCA